UGGCUGGGAGACGUUGACGCCCCACAGAGACGUUGGUGACGCCAGUUGAGUUUCCAAAGAGCCACGGCCAGACGUUUGCAGUGGUGACAAGAGACUUGUUGUCAGACUUGGUUACAGAGGUCUGAUCUACCGGUUCAAGUUCCUGAUGCUGUUCACUCUCCUGUGUGCUGCCACGACUGUCAUCUUCUUCAUCAUCAGCCAGGUUAACGAGGGCCACUGGAAGUGGGGGAAGGAGCACACGGUGGAGAUCAACAGUGCGUUCCUGACAGGCGUGUACGGGAUGUGGAACGUCUACGUGUUCAGUGUGAUCUGUCUGUACGCACCGAGCCACAAGAGGAAAGGUCUGGAGGGGCAGCAGUCCUCCAACAUACAGCUGGAGCGUGAGACUUCAGAGGACGGGAGUAACGAGGAGAUCGAGUUACGCCUGACGAACAGCCAGGCCAGCGGCGAUGCUGGAGAGCUGUCCGUCAUCUACAAGAUCGCUGGCAAGGAGGCUCAAGAGUAGCCAAUCGGAGGGGGAGAGAGAUAGAGGUGGCCAAUCAGGGGAUCCAGUCUGGGGAGAC